UGUAAAUCCAGCGAAGAACAGAGCAGCAGGUUAGCAGGGUUGGGAGUUUAGAGAUAGACUCCGUCACUGUGGAGGGAUAAGCUGUGCUCAGCCUGGAUGAACCUACAGGAAACUGUACAGAGUUCUCUAAUGGCGACGAUGGAAAAGUGUUAGGAGUGGAACCGGGACACCCGAGGCUGUCCGCAUCUUUCUGUCUUCCAGUGAAGACAAAUGGUUUUGGGUCAUGGAUCAGGCUGUUGUGGACGGUCCUGUCACCCUGGUCAUCAGGGCUCCUAACCAGAAGUACGAUGACCAGACAAUCAACUGCUGCCAAAACUGGACUGUGGAGAAACUCAAAGCCCACCUGUCUGAUGUGUAUCCCAGUAAACCAAGCUCCAAAGACCAGAGGCUGGUAUAUUCUGGAAAGCUGCUUCUGGAUCACUUCACCUUGAAAGACGUGCUCAGGAAGCAGGAUGAGUACCAUAUGCUCCAUCUGGUAUGCGCCUCACGAACCCCUCCCAGCUCCCCAAAGCCCCCCCGCAGCCGCAGUAACAAGCCUCAGGAGAGCACAGCCAGUCCCACGGCCGCUCAGAGCUCCAGCAGCCCCGGUCAGGACGGCCAGUCAUCCAGAGUUGAGAGCGCUGAUGGGCUUAGACAGCGAGCUGUUCCUUACCCGUACCACCAGAUGUAUCCACAAAUGAUCCACAGCUGGAAUCAAUACUCUCCUCAGCCGACCCCCCCUGCAAACACGCCCGCAUAUUACAACCCCAUGACGUUCAUGUGGUGGCAGCAGCUGUACGCCAGGCAGUACUUCAUGCAUUAUCAGCUACUGGCCGCCUCCGCUCAGCAGCUCCGGCCCGAACAGGCCUCGGCCCAGCCCGACCAGCCGGACCCCCUGAGCCAGCGGCCGCAGGUGGGUCGCCACGGCAACCCGGAGGUCCAGAUGAACGCCCAGGGAGGGGAGAUCCUGAACGAGGAGGAGCUGAACCGGGACUGGCUGGACUGGGUGUACACCUUCUCCCGCGCUGCUAUCUUGCUCAGUAUAGUCUACUUCUACUCGUCCUUCAGCCGCUUCGUCAUGGUGAUGAUGGCCAUGCUGGUGCUCUACCUACACCAGGCCGGCUGGUUUCCCUUCAAUCUGGAGAACGAGCUCCAGCUUCCAGGAGACAGAAACAAUCAAGACGACCUGGAGGGAGAGCUGCCAAACCACGACUUACAAGAAAUGGAGGGAGCAAUGGACGACGGCUCCGACGAUGACGGGGAGAGCGGCGAGGAGGGAGCGGAGGAUCCGAACAGCGGCCCCCACGCGGGCUUCCUGUCCUCCACCUGGUCCUUCAUCAUCACCUUCUUCAUGUCGCUCAUCCCGGAGGGGCCGCCCAACGCCGCCAACUGAGUCCCGCCCGCUCUGUUGCAAUGCAGUGUUAAUCGUUUCCUGGUUGUCGACUCCAUUUAGCAAAAGUUUGAGCUGGAACACAAACGACUCAUUUAAACCUGGAGAAAAAAAGAAAUACAGGUUAUUUUAUAUGGAGGCUUUUUUUUUUUCUUGAGAAAAAUUCAGGCCAUCAUGUGAUGAACCGCCAUGUAAACACAGAGACGACAGUCAGAUUUGACCCAAAUUCAUUAUUUUCUCUGAAAGAGGCUGAAAGACUUGUUGAAAUAGUUUUGCUUGAGUUGUAAUUAUUAUUAUUCUUAUUUUUUAAUUUGUAUUUGUGGUUCAUUUCAAAACAAAACACUUUUAAAUGGCCACUUUAAUCCAAUUCAAAAUAAGAAAAUGCGAAACAUGUAGCAUUUAAAUCAACUUGAUGUGUGAUUUUGCCCCUGAGAGCUGAUCAAAAAGUGUAACGUGUGUACUGUGUUCAAGUGAUGCUGGCUGCUGAGGUGUUUUUUGUUUUUCUUCUUCUUUCUUUUCAAAAGUGAAUCGAUGUACCACUAAUCCUCGAGACAGUGUCUAAGAACUGACGGAUGUAGAGUCACUGAUCUUCGCCACCAUUAACUGAAUAUUCCAGUCACUGGGACUGAAGCCGAGACAUUAAGAGGUCAGAAAAUAAAUCUACUGUUCGAUGAAGCGCUGAGAUGCAGGGGUCAGGGAGGACCGACUGCACUCUGAAACCUCUGAAAAGGACUGCUGCUGUUACAUCUAACAUGUUGUGUACUAACAAUGAUGUUCAGAUUAAAACCUUGUCCAGUUA